UCGUCGAAAGAUAUUUAAAAUAAAUGUACUACAUGAAGUGUCCGGGUUUUCUCCUAUCGUGCAAAAUAGUUUUGAAUAGAAAUGUUACUCUGGUAGGUAGUGAAAUAUUGUCGACUUCCUCUCGUGAAACUUAGACAAUGUUCGCGCGUAAUUAUUUGAUUGUGAUGUAAAAUUAGCGACUAUUUCUCUCUGCGCGGCAAAGUGUGAAUACCUAUAUAGUGUUGCCUAUUGUAAAAGAAAUGGUGUGCAAUAUAUUAGUACCACAAUGUUUCAUGUUUUGUUUCUCAUAACACUUUAGCUAUAUUACAAGAACCAGUUUACCUCAAGCAAUCACAAAAGUGACACAAUUGCGAAAUUAAUUUUAUUAACGUCAUUUUAAUUGAAAUAAAAAUUUUAUAUUUAGUACAAUAUUAUACCGUGUGUGAAAAAUAAUUCAAAAAACUGUAAAUUUUUUUUAUUGUUUCCAUCUUCAUUGUAAAAUUUUCAAAAAUGACUUUAUCUCACCUAGAGGAUGACACAAGCAGUUGCUCGGACGAUUCUAGUAGUGAUGUUUUUAAAAGCAUUCAAAAAAAUAAAAAUGCAUUUUGUGUUUGGAAAAUUGAGGGGCUUCGAGCUAUUUCGAUUCGAAAAGAGAAAAUGGGAAUUUUUUUUUCGGAAUCAGCUUAUAUUAUUUACACAGUAUCAUCCAAGAAUGGUCCACUUCCUUAUCCAGGAGUUCCCGAAAAGGAGGUGAAAGAAGACUUUGCAAUUCGAGCUGUUCAUUUCUGGAUUGGUUCGAAAUGUGAUUCGACAAUGUCAGGAGCGGUCGCUCUUCGAGCUGCUGAAUUGGAUUCUCAAGUUUCAGCAACAAUUUUAUCACGUGAGGCCCAAGGUCGUGAAAGUUCCAGGUUCCUGGCUUAUUUUCGAGAUCAACUUAUCGUACAAAAUUUUCACACAGAAAAACCCUCGUGCACAUUGCAUAAAAUUUCUGGCCUAACGGUACCAAUUUUGACUGAACUUGAUGGUCUCAGCUGGAGUAAUUUUACAUCCCGAGAUGUUAUUAUAAUCGAUAUGCAUUCUAGAAACAUUGUUUUCCUGUGGCUUGGCUUGAAAGCCGAAAUUCUUCACAAGAAACAUGCAGCUACAAUUCUCAAGCAACGAAAAGAGAACGAGACUCAAGUUUUUAUAAUUGAUGACGGUUACGAGAGAACAUUACCAAAUGAAGUGCGAAAACUUCUAAACGAUGUUUUGAAUUUAUCAAAUAGAAAUGUAAUUCCAGAAAAUCAACACUCAUCACCAUUACCAAGUCCAGUGAAACUUUAUAAAUGUAGCGAACAAACGGGAAAAUAUAAAGUUGCCGAGGUAAAAUCGGGACCAAUAUUUCGUAAAGAUUUCUCAUCGGAAUCAGUUUUUUUAAUUGAUCGUGGUGAAAUUGGAAUUUGGGCAUGGGUCGGUAAAAAUGUGAAUGCACGAGAAAAACUCGAAGCAGUAAGAAAUGCGCGAGGAUUUGUGAAAAAAAAAAAUUACAGCGUGUCAGUUCCGGUAACGCGGGCGAUAGAAGGUCAAGAACCUGUGGAAAUGAAAACUUUAAUUAAAGGUUGGGGACAAAAAAAAGCGAGACCUCUCACGUUGCCCUCAUGUUUUGAGCCCGAAUACAUGACAGAGAGGCCACGAAUGGCAGCUGAAUGUCAAUUAGUCGAUGAUGGAUCUGGCGAGAAAACUCUAUGGCGAGUUAAUCAACAAACUGGCAUGAUCGAAGUGGAAGACAGAGGGAUUUAUUAUGCCGAAAUGUGCUACGUAAUGCGUUACAAAUACGGAUAUGGCCGUAGAAGCAGAUUAAUCGUCUACUGUUGGGAAGGAGCGCAUUCCUCCUGUGGAGAUAGAGAAACAGCUUUGGUAUCUGCUUGUCUAAUUGCCGAUGAAAUUUCCGCUCAACUCGUAAAAGCAUCACAAGGCAAUGAACCACCUCACUUGCUUCAAAUUUACAAAGGAAAAUUGACAAUUCUUGCGGGUUCAUACAAAAAUAAUCCACCGAGUAAAUAUUUAGUCCGUGUUUUUGGAUCAACGCCUUAUACCUCAAAAGCAGUGGAACGAUCAUUAAGAGCAAGCAGUUUAGAUUCGAGUGGUGUUUUUGUUUUAUUUUCGAAUUCGCCAAUGGUUUGGUGUGGAAGUAGAAGCACUGGAGACGCUAGAGAAGCAUCGAGAAGACUUGCUCCAAGUUCCGCACCUUUAAUAUCAGAAGGCAAUGAAGAUGAGGAAUUUUGGUCUCAAUUGGAAGGUCGAGGAGAAUAUGGCACUGAAUUUAUGAAUGACGAAGAAGAACAAGAGAAACAUCUUUAUCAUUGUCAAAUAGAACAAAAUAUUUUUGUCGGCGAAGAAGUUUUAGGUUUUUCACAGAGUUCUCUUUUACCAGAAGCAAUAUGGUUAUUGGACGCAGGAAAUGUAAUUUGGCUUUGGAUUGGAAUUUAUUCGGCAAAUAACUCCCUUAAGGAAUGUGUUGAAAGAGGAAAAAUAUUUUUAUACACACAUCCUGCUGGUCGAGAUCGUAAUACUCCUAUUUCCAUAAUUAAACAAGGCUUGGAACCGCCAUCGUUUAUAGGACUAUUUGAAAAUUGGAAUCACAAUUUUUUACGCGAUUAUCAAUCAUUUGAUGCACUACGUUCAUUUAUUGAAGAUAAAGAACCUUCAAUAAACAAUUCUUUAUCAAAUAAAUUGAUUACCGACUUCAACAGUCACGUGAAAUAUCCCCUAAAAAUUUUAAAAAGCGAUCCAGAGAAUCUUCCCAAUGAAGUUGAUGUUUCACGAAAGGAAAUGCAUUUGACCUACGAUGAUUUUAUGACAGUUUUCAAAAUGGAGCCCAAUGACUUUGAAAAACUUCCAGCAUGGAGAAGACAAAGACUCAAACAAGCCGCUGGUCUAUUUUAAAACUACUAAAGAAAAAAAAAAAGAAUACAGCUAUUUUAAGAGAAUGUUUUUAAAAUUGUAUAAUUAUUUUAAUGAAAAUUUUAAAUUUAAUAAAAACUAAAAUUAUUCUAUAAAUACCAAA